CAGGGCCCAGAGCUCCUUCAGCAUGGAGAGCUCCUCGAGCAGCCCCCCACCCACAGCUUCUGAUCCCCUGGAUGCGUUUCCCCAAAAGAGCCUGGAACCCGGAGACAUAGCAGUGCUGGUCCUGUACUUCCUCUUUGUCCUGGCUGUUGGAAUAUGGUCAACUGUGAAGACCAAAAAAGACACAGUGAAGGGCUACUUCUUGGCUGGAGGAGACAUGGUGUGGUGGCCUGUGGGCGCAUCCUUGUUUGCCAGCAAUGUGGGAAGUGGGCAUUUCGUUGGCCUAGCGGGGUCCGGAGCUGCUGCUGGUCUCUCGGCUGCAGCUUAUGAGUUCAACGGCUUGUUUUUCGUGCUGAUGCUGGCCUGGAUUUUCCUCCCCAUCUACAUCUCUGGUCAGGUCACCACAAUGCCUGAGUAUCUGCGGAAGCGCUUCGGAGGCAGCAGGAUCCCCCUAACACUGGCCGUGCUCUACCUGUUCAUAUACAUCUUCACCAAGAUCUCGGUGGACAUGUAUGCGGGUGCCAUCUUUAUUCAGCAGUCUCUGCACUUGGAUCUGUACUUGGCCGUCAUUGGGCUGUUGGCCAUCACAGCUGUCUAUACCAUUGCAGGUGGCCUGGCGGCAGUGAUCUACACAGAUGCCCUGCAGACAUUCAUCAUGCUGAUAGGGGCUCUCUCACUGAUGGGCUACAGCUUUGCUGAGGUGGGUGGCCUGCAGGGCCUGCAGGAGAAAUACUUCUCAGCCGUGGCCAGCAACCGAAGUGAGAACAGCAGCUGUGGGUUGCCCCGUGAAGACGCCUUCCACAUGUUCCGGGACCCGCUGACAUCUGACCUUCCAUGGCCUGGGAUCCUGUUCGGGAUGUCCAUCCCUUCCCUCUGGUACUGGUGCACGGAUCAGGUGAUCGUGCAGCGGACAUUGGCUGCCAAGAACCUGUCUCACGCCAAGGGAGGAUCGAUCAUGGCCGCCUACCUGAAAGUACUUCCGCUGUUUGUCAUGGUCUUCCCUGGCAUGGUCAGCCGCAUUCUCUUCCCAGACCAAGUGGCAUGUGCCAUCCCAGAUAUCUGCAAGAAGGUGUGUGGCAACCCCUCUGGCUGCUCUGACAUCGCGUACCCCAAGCUUGUGCUGGAACUCCUGCCCACAGGACUACGCGGGCUCAUGAUGGCCGUGAUGGUGGCGGCGCUCAUGUCCUCACUCACCUCCAUCUUUAACAGUGCCAGCACCAUCUUCACCAUGGACCUCUGGACUCACUUCCGGCCUCAGGCCACAGAGAAGGAGCUACUGAUUGUGGGCAGGGUGUUUGUGCUGAUCCUGGUUUUGGUCUCCAUUUUCUGGAUCCCUGUGGUUCAGGCCAGCCAAGGGGGCCAACUCUUUAUUUACAUACAGUCCAUCAGCUCCUACCUGCAGCCUUCUGUGGCCAUCGUCUUCAUCAUGGGCUGUUUCUGGAAGCGGACGAAUGAAAAGGGUGCUUUUGCGGGGCUGAUUUUUGGCCUCCUCCUUGGCUUGAUCCGACUGGUUCUGGACUUCAUAUAUGUGCAGCCUCUGUGUGGGGAGCCAGACGAGCGGCCAGAGGUGGUGAAAGUUCACUACCUCUACUUUUCCAUGAUUCUGUCUAUAGUCACGCUACUCACAGUGUUUGCCGUCAGCUGGUUCACGGAGCCACCUUCCAGUGAGAUGGUCAGCCGCCUGACCUGGGCCACACGGCAUGACCAUGACCCAGUGCUGCCGAAGAAUCAGGUGUCGAUCACAACCACACCACCUCCUGUGCCUGAAGCUAGUAGUGUCAACUGGCCCAAGAGCCUUCCAGAAAAUGCAAGCAAAGCCCAUAGUGAUGGUGUCAGCCCAAAGCAGUCCAAAGUGCUGCAGACCCUGCUGUGGCUCUGCGGGCUGGAGGGCAAAGGGCAGGCAGAGCCACCACUGCCGAGUGAGGCGGAGCCAGUCAGGAUCUCCCUGAAGGAGAAGCCGCUGGUAAAGACCUUUUUGGACAUCAAUCUCAUUAUCUGCCUUAGCUGUGCCAUCUUCCUCUGGGGCUACUUUGCUUAG